AUCCACAAGGCACCACGGUUCUAAGUGGCAAACAUGGCGGCAAGGGCACCAGCUAAAUUGGCGUCCAGCAAAUUCAUGUAUGAUUUCAAGAAAUGGUAUUACAACUGGUGUGGCUUCAACAAACUUGGCCUAAUGAAAUAUGACGUCUAUCAUGAGGACGAAGAUGUGAAGGAGGCCGUGAGGAGGCUGCCUGAGAAUGUUUAUAACGACAGGGUUUUCAGGAUCAAGAGGGCCCUGCAUCUCAGCAUGAAACAUCGGAUUCUCCCAAAAGAGGAGUGGACGAAAUACGAAGAAGACAUCCCUUACCUGAAACCAUACCUGGAUGAGGUGAUCCGUGAGAGAAAAGAAAGAGAAGAAUGGAUGAAAAAAUAAAACGUUUCCUUUUGUUGAUUGGCGCAUGAUCCUCCCCUGGUGUAAUAAGUGCAGGCUUAAUAUGAAAAAUGACCUWUAAUAAAAAUAACAUAAAAACGUGCA